AUGACAACCCCUUCUGCCGUGCUUCAGGUGUUCGCCACACCGGAGCUAUCAGAUUACAUCUUCUCCUUCGUCUUGGGUGGCCUACAUGAUUUGACAGACUUCGAAGACCCAAGAUCAGUCAAGACGCACGCCAAUGCCAAUCUCCUCACCUCAGUCCUACACUUAUCAGAAGUCUGUCGAAUCUGGCAACGAGCCAUCCUCGGAUCCAAAUACGUGCAAAGAGCACUCUACCUACUUUCAGAUCCCACAACGUCACGAUCAUGGUCCGCAGUCUCUGGCGCCCAGAACGUUCCAGGUACCUACCGGCCGCCUACCAGAUCGGCUCCUUCGUUGAACCCCAUUAUUCAAACGACAUUCCCAUCAUACAACCUGCGAUUCAGCUAUCUCGGAUCAAGACCGAGACACCAGGCCAUUCUCAUCAUCACGAGGCGAGACAUUCCGGCGGUGCAGCGAAAGGUCGCGGCAGGUCAGGGCAAGACUCUGUCGAAUAUGCUGUUGACGCAGCCGCCUUGCACUACGGCGGAAGCAACGAUAUAUGAGGAACGAGAUGAGACGAAGGAGUAUGUCACGCGAACGACUAGUCUGGCUGAUCCAGUGAUUGAGUCUGAUACGGGUAUCACUCUUGGCUUGGUGCAUGCGAGGGUAGGUGAGAUGUUUGAGAAGCAUGAGGACGUAGUGGCGAUCAGGCUUGCGUCGGUGUGA